GCGGGGCCGCCGGUCCCAGGGAGUCUGCGGGGCGCCCGGGGCGCUCGUCCCCCGCACGCGUGCUGGGGCCCCGGGAGCGGGGUGAGCGCUCCUGAUAGCGCUGCAGGGCCAUUGGCCAUGUCGCUGCUCGGGGCCGUUGGGGGCGCGCCCUGGCGUUGUCCCGGUCGCCUCUUCGCCUGUCAUUUCUCCCACGCGGCGCGGCGUGGGGAGGAGCUGAGCCGCCUGCUCCUGGAUGACCUGGCGCCGACCUCGCGGUCUCCGCGGGGACUGGAGCUUCUGUUUGGCCUGGCCCCUUGUCUCCUGGCCUUGCGGGCCGCCCGUCGCCGGGUGGCCAGGCUCCUGCUCCAGGCCGGCAGAUCCGGGUUGCAGGGGGAGCGGGCCGAGCUGCUCCGGGAGGCAGAGGCGCGGGACAUCCCAGUUCUGCGGCCCAGACGGCAGAAGCUGGACGCCCUGUGCCGCCAUCAGGUGCACCAGGGCGUGUGCAUGGAGGUGAGCCCGCUGAAGCCUCGGCCUUGGACUGAGGUCGAAGAGGCGAGGCCGGGCGACGACCCCCGGCGGCUGUGGCUCGUCCUCGAGAGGCUCCAGGAUCCCCGGAACCUUGGGGCCGUGCUGCGUUCUGCUCACUUCCUCGGCGUGGAUAAAGUCAUCACCAGCGGGAGAAACAGCUGCCCGCUCACUCCGGUGGUCAGCAAGGCCAGCGCAGGGGCUAUGGAGGUGAUGGACGUGUUCUCCACCGAUGACCUGGCCGGCUUUCUACAGGCCAAAGCCCGGCAGGGCUGGCUCGUGGCUGGCACGGUGGGCUGCCCAAGGCCUGAGAUGUCCUCUGAGAUCCCCAUCACUAGCUGCUUGGAGUUCCUCUGGGACCAGCCUACUCUCCUAGUGCUGGGUAACGAGGGCUCUGGUCUGUCCCAGGCGGUGCAGGCAUCCUGCCAGCUACUCCUUACCAUCCUGCCCGGCCGGCAGCUGCCUCCUGGACUCGAGUCCUUGAAUGUCUCCGUGGCUGCAGGAAUUCUUCUUCACUCCAUUUGCUGCCAGAGGAAAGAUUUCCCUAUGGGGAGGAAGAGAGAACACCUGCUCCAAGACCCCCGGGAACCCUCAGCCACAUCAGAAGGGCCUGGGCUGGCACAGCACCCAGGACUAUCCUCAGGAUCAGAAUGAGAGAGACAAAAUGGGAGCUGACUUGGACUGAGCCGGAGGGCAUGCAUACCCAAAUGCUUGAAUGUGCUGAAGUCUCUUGCCUCAGUGUGCAACCAGGCCCCUGGUAUUUUUUUUUUUUUUUAAGAUUUUAUUUAAUUACUCGUGAGAGACACACGGAGAGAGACAGAGACACACACACAGGGGGAGAAACAAGCUCUUCACAGGGAGCCCAAUAUGGGACGCAAUCCUCAGACCCUGGAUCAUGCCCUGAGCUGUAGGCAGGUGCUCAACCACUGAGCUGCCUAGGCGUCCCUAGGCCCCUGUUUAUUAACCACUGUCUUGGAGUGCAGCGAGCUCUGUAGUAGAGACCAGAGGAAAGCUGUUUCCUUUUUUUUUUUUUAAUGUCUUUUUUUUUUUUAAUUAUUUAUUUAUGAUAGUCACACACAGAGAGAGAAAGAGAGGCAGAGACACAGGCAGAGGGAGAAGCAGGCUCCAUGCACCGGGAGCCCGACGUGGGAUUCGAUCCUGAGUCUCCAGGAUCGCGCCCUGGGCCAAAGGCAGGCGCCAAACCACUGCGCCACCCAGGGAUCCCUGUUUCCUAUUUUAAUUUUGGGCUUAUGGUUAGACGGGGCAGCUUGUUAAUAAUCUCUAAGAUGAAAAAAAAAUCUCUAAGAUGUGCUGGCAGAGAGGGUCUCCGCUCCUGGGCCCUGCCUGGAAGACAAGAAGGGAAUCAGGCAGCCAAGUCCAGGGGUCCUGUUCCUCUGGAACCCGUGUGAGAAUGUAGAGGGAGGCCCGGGUUCCUCUUGUGGACUAGAUGGGUGCAAAUCCAGGCUCAAACCCUGUCCCAGUGGGGACCUUGAGCACAUGGCUCCAUCCUUCUGGGCCUUGGAGCCCUUGUUGGCACCUCCCUCCCCAGGGCUCUUUGUGAGAAUCAAAUAAAAUCACCGGGGCCAUCCUGUCCCAUUCCUCCACUAGGUGGCAGCCUCGCUCUUUGAGCCACAGUCUUCUGGAAGCUUUUACAGCCACCUGGGGGAGAUUCUUGGUGGUGGCCCCCAGAGAGGUGAGGGAAAGAUUAGCCAGCAGCAUUUACCUCACUGGCCCUCCAGAACCCUCACCAGCCACUCAUUAGUAGUGCAUCUCCAAGAAAGGAACUGAUGAAUCAGAGUCCUGGUCAAGCAGAGCAUUGCUGUUUACUGUACAACCCAGAUAGGUUUGGUCCUCCUCCCACAGAGCCCCACAAAGGGAGCAGAAGCCCCCAGUAUAAGUAGUUUAGAGCAGUCCUGGCUGCACAUUGGAACCAUCUGGUAAACUCAAAAACAACACUGGGGACCAACCCCAGAGACUCUGGUGUAAAUGGUCAGGGGCAGCCUGGGUAUCAGGAUUCUUAAAGCCCCCAAAUGAGUCUGAGGCAUAGCCCAGGCUGAGAACCACUGGAGCAAGGUUUCUGGACCUCAGUAGUGACACCCUGGGCCAGAUAACUUUCUGGUGUGACGGCUUGGCCUGUGUGGUGUAGGAUGUUCAGCAACAUCCCUGGCUUCUCCCCCCUGGAUGCCAGUAGCACCCCUGUCCCUUGUUGUGACAACCAAAAAAUGCCUCCCGACAUUGCCAAAGGUCCCCUGGAAGACAAUUGCCCCUAGUUGGGAAGCACUGCUCUGGAGCAUGGAUCUGGAGGACAGCAACCUAAGUUCAAGUCCUGAUUGCUGUGUGAUCAUAGGCAGGCUCCUUUCCCACUGGAGUCUCCAUCUCCUCGUUGGAGAAUGGGGAUCAUCCUACCUUUCCAAGUUAUGGGACGAUAGAGAGGGCAACGUGAGCUGGGUGCCUCCCACACGGUGGUGCUUGAUAAAUAGUACCACUCUUUUCUCUUUGGAAUGAAUUGAUCUUGGAAUUUUGGUGGGGAUGCCAAUUUAGAAAGACAUUAGGAAGGUCUAAGAUGCCUCUAAAGGUUUUUCCUCUCAAGAAAGAGGAAGAGGGGCACCUGGGUGGCUCAGCGGUUGAGCGUCUUGCCUUUGGCUCAGGUCGUGAUCCCGGGGAGCUGGGAUCCUGGUGAGGAGCCUGCUUCUCUCUCAGCCUGUGUCUCUGCCUUUCUCUCUCUCUCUCUCUGUCUCUCAUGAAUAAAUAAAGUCUUUUUAAAAGAGAAAGAAGAAGAAACCCUUUCAUAAAACUCUAUAGAUCAGGGUUGAGGAUGUAUGUGGUGGUGGUAACAGCUUUAAUAUUCCAGAUGCCCAGAGGCAUCAAGCUGAUUAGAUCAGAAUCUCUGGGGAAGGAGACCGGUCCCAUGUUUCUUAGGGCUCCCCAGUUGACGCCACUGUGUCACCAGGUUCGAGAAUCACUGGUCUUUGAAACCACGUUCUCAUGUCCAAAAAACCGCUUCUAAAUCAUUCACACCUGUGUUUUUUUUUUAAGAUCUUAUUUACUCAUGAGCGACACAGAGGCAGAGGGAGAAGCAGGCUCCCCGUGGGGAGCCCAAUGCGGGACUCGAUCUCAGGACCCCAGGAUCACGCUGUGAGCCAAAGGCAGAUGCUCAACCACUGAGCCACCCAGGUGCCCCCACACCCACGCUUUUGAGUGCAUGUCUGAAAGCUUGGGCCAGUUAACCUUUCAUCUCUGCCUAAAGGUUCUUAGAAGGUGCUGCAUCCAGCCCUGGCUCCACAGCUUUUGGCCUGGAUAGCUUCCCAGCCUCCUCAUCUGUAAAAUAGGGACAGUGCCUUCAGCACCUGCCCCAGUACCCGCUCCCCGACAAGGAUUUGUAAGAAUAAAAAGAGAGUAUCAGCAAAAACAUUCUGUAAACCUAAGUGUUGCGCACCCCAGGACUAGCAUGUGAUAAUACAGACGUGGCUGUAACAGCUCAGUUUAGGUAUCAAGUUGCCUGGGCCAUGGGAUACCCAGCUAUUUGGCCAAACCUUAUUCCAAGUGUUUCUGUGAAGGUGUUUUUUGGAUGAGAUGAACAUUUAAAUUGGUAGACUGAGGGGCGCCUGGCUGGCUCAGUCUGAAGAACAUGUGACUCUUGACCUUGGGGUUGUAAGUUCAAGCCCCACGUUGGGUGUAGAGAUUAUUAAUAAAUAGAUCACUAAUAAACUUUAAAUUGGUAUACUGAGUAA